CAUUUCUUCUUCUACUCCUCUCGUUCUGUUUCACCAUUUCUCAUAGAUCUCAAGAUACCCAGUUUGUUUUCUGUGAAUUAAUCGACUUCGGAACCUAAAAUCAGAUACCCAAUUCGGGAUUUUGUGAGGAAUUGCUUGUUAAAGAUGGAGAAUAACCAGCAAUCAUUCUACCAGUUUAGUGACCAGUUGAGGCUGCAAAGUUCGAGCUUGGCGAAUCUCUCACUCAACGACUCGAUUUGGAGCAAUUCGCAUGUUUCAAAGAGGCCCGACGAGAGGAGGAACUUUGAUAUCAGAGUUGGUGGAGAAAUCAGCAACAACAAUGGUUCCUUUAACAACGACAAUAGCUUAUUCACCAACAGCUACUACAGUUCCUUCACCAACAGCAACAACAGUUCCUUCACCAACAGCGACAACAACAGUUCCUUCAACAACAGCACCAACAGUCCCUUCAACAAUCUGAAGCCAAAAGGGUCUGAUUUUAAUGCCAACAGCUACUACAGUUCCUUCGCCAACAGCAACAACAGUUCCUUCACCGACAGCGACAACAACAGUUCCUUCAACAACAACACCAACAGUCCCUUCAACAAUCUGAAGCCAAAAGGAUCUGAUUUUAAUGGGUUCAAUUCUGAUUGGAAGAUGGGGAACAAUUUUGGUGUUAAUCAAAUCAAUCCAAUCUACCCAAUUAGUCCGAUUGGGACUCAAAAGGGUGUUGGGAUUGGAAUCAAUGGUGGAUUUAACAAGGGGAUUUAUUCAAAGCCAAGCAAUAAUUACAACUUUAAUGUCAGUUCAAAGAGUGGGAAGAACAAAGCAGAGGAUGAUUAUGGAGGCAAAGGAGUAAGGAAGAACAACAAGAAGAGUGAAAAGGACAACAAUAGCGAGAAUAACAAGGAAACUAAGGGCGAUAAGAGGUUCAAGACAUUACCACCAUCCGAAUCUCUUCCUUUUAACGAAACAAUUGGUGGGUAUAUCUUUGUCUGCAACAAUGAUACCAUGGCAGAGAAUCUCAAGAGACAGCUCUUCGGUCUGACUUCACGUUACAGAGACUCUGUUAGGGCUAUAACUCCUGGAUUGCCCCUGUUCCUCUACAACUACUCCACCCACCAACUCUACGGAGUUUUUGAGGCUGCUGGCUUUGGAGGGAGUAACAUUGAUCCUUCUGCCUGGGAAGACAAGAAAUUCCCUGGUCAAUCACGCUUCCCUGCUCAGGUUCGAGUUGUGACAAGGAAAAUCUGUGAGCCAUUGGAGGAGGAUUCAUUCCGGCCGAUUCUUCACCAUUACGACGGCCCCAAGUUCCGGCUUGAACUGAGCAUACCAGAGGCACUGUCUCUGUUGGAUAUAUUUGAAGAAACAAGUUCUUGAAUGGCAUAUCAUUAACACACAAACCAUACCAUACAAAUACAAGAAGAGAAAUCAAAAGAGUUGAUAAAAUAAGAGCUUAAAGAAGUAGAGACUUGUGUUUUCUUUUUUUGUUUUUCCUUUUUUGGAGUUCUGAAGAGGGAAGAGACUGGGAAGGGAUAUGCAUCAGUUGGUGGUAUGUAAGGAGGCUAAAUAUUUGCUCAGUGAUGUAUAAAUUAUGUACAAAGGCUGUUUUGCCUAGACUCAUUGGCCCUGCAUAUUCAUAAUACUAAUAAUUAUGUAUACUAUAAAUAUUGUGAGAUGCAAUUAUAUGGUUGUUCUGUAAUAGGUAAAGGAUAUGGAUUUUUUGAUAUCUUGAUUUGA